GCGGAGAGGCAGCCGAGCGACCCUGCCCCGCGGCGCUGGCCCAGUCUUUCUGCAGCCCCGCCACCAUGCCCAGCUCGGCGCUGUGGGCAGUGGACCUCUUCGGGAGGGUGUACACGCUCUCCACAGCCGGCCAGUACUGGGAGCUCUGCAAGGACACCCAGCUGGAGUUCAAGCGGGUCAGUGCGGCCACGCAGUGCUGCUGGGGCAUCGCCUGUGACAACCAGGUCUACGUGUAUGUGUGCGCCAGUGACGUCCCCAUCCGCCGCCAAGAGGAGGUCUAUGAGAAUCAGCGCUGGAACCCCGUGGGCGGCUUCUGUGAGAAGCUACUGCCUAGUGACCGCUGGCCAUGGAGCGACGUGAGUGGGCUCCAGCACCGGCCGCUGGAUGGGGUGGUGCUGCCCUCCCCGCACUGGGAAUGGGAAUCCGACUGGUACGUGGAUGAGAACUUCGGAGGGGAGCCCACCGAGAAAGGGGGAUGGACAUAUGCCAUCGACUUCCCUGCCACCUACACGCGAGACAAGAAGUGGAAUUCUUACGUGCGGCGGCGAAGGUGGAUCCGGUACAGGAGAUACAAGUCCCGCGACACCUGGGCCAAGAUCCCUUCGAAGGAUGACCCCAAACAACUGCCCGACCCCUUCAACGACCUCUCUGUGGGGGGGUGGGAGGUCACCGAUGAGCCCGUGGGCCACCUGUCCGUGUGGGCCGUGUCUCUGCAAGGAAAGGUGUGGUACAGAGAAGACGUCAGCCACCCCAAUCCCGAAGGCUCGUCGUGGUCCCUCGUGGACACACCGGGGGAGGUGGUCCAGAUCAGCUGUGGGCCCCACGACCUCCUGUGGGUCACGCUCUGGGAAGGGCAGGCCUUGGUUCGGGAAGGAAUCAACAGGAACAACCCCAAAGGAAGUUCCUGGUGCAUAGUGGAGCCUCCUACCUCUGAAAAUGGGAUCAUGCACGUCUCUGUGGGAGUGGGCGUGGUCUGGGCCGUCACCAAGGACCGGAAAGUGUGGUUCCGCAGAGGCGUCAACUCGCACAAUCCCUGUGGCACCAGCUGGAUCGAGAUGGUGGGAGAAAUGAUGAUGGUGAACGUGGGGCUGAACGACCAGGUCUGGGGCAUCGGCUGUGAGGACCGGGCUGUGUACUUCCGUCAGGGUGUCACCCCAAGCGAGCUGAGUGGGAAGACGUGGAAGGCCAUUGUCGCCGGCCGAGAAUGUGACCGGUCACACUCUGGCAGCUCCUCAAGUCUCCUCAGUGCUGGCUGCUUCUUCGGCGACGAGGUGAGGGGCGGUGGUGACUCCUGUGCACCAAGCGACGUGGACGCCUCCUCGGAAGCUGAGAGACCGGGGCCUGAACAGGCUGUCCCUGCAGGGUCUCUGGAAAGUCCCAGGGCCUCCAAGGGCAGCUCGGCCGCGGGCCUAGGCGCCAGCAAGACCACAGAGCAUGCGGCGGAGGCUGCCAGCCCGGCCGAUCAGACCCCUAGGCCCGAGCCUCACCCUUGCCCGGCCUCCACCCCAGCCGAGCUGCCCUGGACCAACAUCGACCUGAAGGAGCCCAAGAAAGCACCCAGCCAGUCUGCUGCUGACUGUCCUGAGACGGCCGGCCUCUCCUCGCUGGGCAUGCUCCCACUGGGCUUGGAGGAGCCCUACUGCGCUGACGACCACCCGCUGUGGGCCUGGGUGUCGGGAGGAGGCUGCGCCAUGGAGCCCCAUGCUGUGCUCAAGUGGUUCACUGUCCAGUCGGGCCUGUCUUCCUCCGUGCAGACGCUGUCCCCGGCCAUCACACCAGCCCAGACUGCCACCUGGCGGAAGCAGAUCUUCCAGCAGCUGACGGAACGGACCAAGCGGGAGCUGGAGAACUUCCGACACUAUGAGCAGGCCGUGGAGCAGUCGGUGUGGGUGAAGACGGGGUCCCUGCAGUGGUGGUGCGACUGGAAGCCUCACAAAUGGGUGGACGUCCGCGUGGCCCUGGAGCAGUUCAAGGGGCACGAUGGGGCUCGCGACAGCAUCCUCUUCGUCUACUACGUGGUCCAGGAGGAGAAGAAGUACCUGCAUGUGUUCCUCAACGAGGUGACCACGCUGGUCCCCGUGCUCAACGAGGCCAAGCACUCCUUUGCCCUGUACACCCCCGAAAGGACCCGGCAAAGGUGGCCGGUGCGUCUGGCUGCCGCCACCGAGCAGGACAUGAAUGACUGGCUGGCCCUGCUCAACCUGUCCUGCUGUGAGAGCCGGAGGGUCCUCGGCCGCCCCUCCCCGCAGGCCAUCUGGUCCGUCACCUGCAAGGGGGACAUCUUCGUGAGCGAGCCCAGCCCGGACCUGGAGGCCCCCGAGCACCCGCUGCCCUGCGACCAGAUGUUCUGGCGGCAGAUGGGAGGCCACCUGCGGGUGGUGGAGGCCAGCAGCCAUGGCGUGGUGUGGGGCAUCGGCUACGACGGCACAGCCUGGGUGUACACGGGCGGCUACGGCGGAGGCUGCUUCCAGGGCCUGGCCAGCAGCACUGGGAACAUCUACACGCAGUCGGACGUGAAGUGCGUGCACAUCUACGAGAACCAGCGCUGGAAUCCCGUCACGGGCUACACCAGCAGGGGCCUGCCCACCGACCGGCACAUGUGGAGCGACGCCACGGGCCUGCAGGAGUGCACCAAGGCGGGCACGAAGCCCCCUUCCCUGCAGUGGGCCUGGGUUUCUGACUGGUCCGUGGACUUCAGCGUCUCUGGGGGCACUGACCCCGAGGGAUGGCAGUACGCCAGUGACUUCCCUUCCUCAUAUCACGGGUACAAAACCAUGAGGGAUUUUGUCAGGAGAAGGUGCUGGGCCAGAAAAUGCAAGCUGGUGACCAGCGGGCCUUGGCUGGAAGUGUCCCCCAUUGCCCUCGGGGAUGUGUCCAUCAUCCCCGAGAGCCCGGGCACCACCGAGAGUGGGCACAGCAUCGCCCUCUGGGCUGUCAGCGACAAGGGCGACGUACUGUGCCGCCUGGGUGUGUCUGAGCUCAACCCCGCGGGCUCCUCCUGGCUUCACGUUGGCACCGACCAGCCCUUCGCCUCCGUCUCCAUCGGGGGCGACUACCAGGUGUGGGCCGUGGCGAGGGACGGCUCUGCCUUCUACAGGGGCUCUGUGUCCCCCUCCCAGCCGGCCGGCGACUGCUGGUACCACAUCCCGUCGCCUCCCAAGCAGAGGCUGAAGCAGGUGUCCGUGGGCCAGACGUCCGUGUGUGCCGUGGAUGACAACGGAAACCUGUGGUACCGCCAGGGGGUCACACCCAGCUACCCACAGGGCUCCAGCUGGGAACAUGUGUCCAACAACGUGCGCCGAGUGUCCGUGGGGCCCCUGGACCAGGUCUGGGUCAUCGCCAACAAAGUCCAGGGGAGCCACAGCCUCAGCCGGGGAACCGUGUGCCACCGCACAGGCGUGCAGCCCCUGGAGCCCAAGGGGCAGGGCUGGGACUACGGCAUCGGGGGGGGCUGGGAUCACAUCUCCAUCCGGGCCAAUGCCACCAGGGCCUCCAAGAGCGCAUCCCAGGAGACAUCUGGAGAGCAGGGCCUCCCCAGUGGGCCCUCGAGUGUGGCCAGUGCCCCGCAGGAGGCCGUGGGCCCUGUGUGCUGCUGAAGCCGCCUCCCUCACCGGAGGCACGUGCGGUGCCCAGUGGGAAGGAUCGUGCGGUGCCCAGUGGGA